CGUGGAACAAAAUGGCGGCACAAGUGAAGCAAAUGUUACUUACUCUCUCUAGUGCUAGUGGUUCCCAUAAGGAUAUUACUGGAAAAUAUCGCGAAAUUUUGGAGAAGAUUUUCAAAUUUCAAGAGCCAUCUCUCACGGAAGGCCUCAAAACUUUCACUGAAGCUUGUAAGUUUGUUGAACAGCAGUUAUUGAUAAGAUGUCAGCUGCCUUUUAAUGGUGAGCGACCAGGAAAAAGGGGUCACAUCGUAAAGAGAAGCAUGAAUAUUGCAAUUGGAAAUCUUUUUUCCUGUCCCCCUCUUCUUCCACAGUAGCUCUAACUUCAGACUUAUGUCAAGUGGUUACUCUGUCUCUCCCUUUCCAUAUCAAAGACUCAUCAAUGACCGGUCGUAGACUUAACAGGAAUGAGUGCUCCAUCUCAAUCUUAUGUCAUAACCCAUCUAUUUCAAAAAUCUUUUUUACACUCUUAUGUUUUCUACCUCUGAUCUGUGACAUGUGGCCAUAACAAGUUCUAAACCUCCUGAGCCACAAUGGUUUUGCUUGUUAACAUCUUACAAUCAUUUGUGAAAAUGAUCAUGGGAUCAGUUUUAACAAAAUUUCAAUUUAGCUGAACAUGCAUGUAAGCACAAAAAAAAUGAAUAUGAACCACUACCCUGCCAAAUUCUUCUGGGUUUUACAAUAAAUUAACUGUAUCAUUUUCUCUUAUGUUUUGCAGUGGUUCAUGAAAAUGUAAGCCUUGUUGUAUCAAGACAAAUUUUAAGUGAACUCUGUAAUCAUAUUCCAAACAUGAAUGUAGCUUGUGCUAAGCAGGUGUCACAUUUUGUGUUGGAAAAAUUACAACCAAGAGCUAUAUCUUUUGAGGAACAGGUUAGGAGAAUUUUUCAAUUUUUCUUUUUCAAUUUUUGAAAGAGUGAAUCGUACUCUAGAUUAAAUGGCCAGUCCAGCCUAUUUUUUGCUUGGGAAUAACUGAAGUAGUAGGCAACAGGGUCUUUUGUUUAAACAUGUGUCAUUUUAGACCUAAGAUAAGGUGUUAUGAAAACACAAAAGCUUGCUGGCCAAAUUUUCAAUUUGUAGAACAUUUUAAUAUGUAUGACAUGACUUUCAGUUUCUUGGGGAAGAACAUUGCAGUCCAUUUUUUAGACCUAAGAUAAGGUGUUAUGAAAACACAAAAGCUUGCUGGCCAAAUUUUCAAUUUGUAGAACAUUUUAAUAUGUAUGACAUGACUUUCAGUUUCUUGGGGAAGAACAUUGCAGUCCAUUUUUUUCCCUGACAAAAUUCCAUUUACAAAAGGGCAGAUAUCUGACAUUCAAUUUAGCAUUUCAUCACCAUGGAAAUUAUUUGUUUUUCUUUUUACAGGUUGCAGUAAUAAGGAAGCAUUUGGCGAAAAUAUAUGAAGAUUGUCAGGAAUGGCGAGAGGCUGCAAGGGUGCUCACUGGAAUUCCCGUGGAGUCAGGGCAAAGGUUUGGUGCACUUGUGUUAUUUAGUUUCAUGGAGUGUGAUAAAAUGAAAGCCCAAAGCUGUCAUGGAAAAUGGCCAAUCAUACCACUAUAGUGUUCUGAUAAUUAUUGCAGGGUAAAAAAUUUCAGUUUGCCUCAAUAACUAAUGAUUUAAUGACAAUGUUUUUGAAGUUGUGCCUUCUGGAUGUGGUCUAAUUUUCUGACUGAUCAUCACAUUUUGUGUUAAUGUGACUUUUUAUGUGAUCUAAUGCAGGCAAUAUUCAAUAGAUUAUAAACUGGAAACCUACCUGAAGAUUGCACAGUUGUACUUGGAAGAUGAAGAUCCUGUUCAGGCUGAAGCAUACAUAAAUAGAGCAUUGAUCCUCCAAGCAGACACAAAGACAGAGAAGCUACAGAUACUUUACAAGGUAACUUUCAAACUAAAAAAAUUUAAUUUGAUUCUAAACUUGGUGGCUGUGAGAUUCCUAAUCCAUCUUACCCUGUAGAGGUGGUGGAACCAUUAUUAGUACAGGAGAAUAGUUAUGAAAGCCAUCAUAAAUAGAAACUUCAGGUAAAACUCUUUUGUUAUUAAGUAAAAUGAUGUGAAUGGAAUGGAUUGGGAUGGAAUGUUUCUAUUGGACAGUUCUCUCAACAUGAUUGUGAUGUUACUGAAUGUUGUUUAUGGUCAGAUCAAAACACUUGAUCAAAAAAAUUAACAAAGAAAUUAUAGGGUUUCAAGAUCCUCCACAAUCUCAUGAAAGUUUAUACAACUUUUAUACUAAGAUUCUCUCAUCACCUAUUGUCUUGCAGGUUUGCUAUGCCCGUCUUCUGGACUACAAACGGAAGUUCAUUGAAGCUGCACAACGUUAUCUUGACCUAUCAUACAAUACUGCAAUACAUGAUGAUGAGCGGAUGACAGCCCUUAAGCAUGCAUUGAUAUGUGCCAUCCUUGCUUCAGCUGGUAUGCUGUAUUGAUAGGACAUAUGUUGUCAGUAAUAAACCUUAAUUUUCAUUUUUAAGCUGUUGAAACAUCCUAGCAAAAAACUAGAUAAAUCAUUGCACUGCUGUAAUGCACUGAACUUUGGAUCAAGAGGUUUGCAUUCGGUUCCAGCUGGGUUAUUGUGUUGUGUUCUUGCAAAAAAACACUGAACUUUUUAAACUCUAAGAGUAACCAACUUCUAAAAUGCUUUAAUUGCUUAACUGAUUCUUCUUGUCAGUACCAAAGGAAUUGUAUGGAGAAGAGAAGAGAAAAUGUGGAUACUGAUUUUGGGGUGUAAAGGGUUAACCCUCACAGAGUCUCUGUCCACCUUUGGGUACAAAUGAGUGCUUGCCAACUGUCAGGGAAACUCAACAACAAAUUGUUCACUUUAGGAGAACUAGCUUAACUCUGCUUUACUUAACAGUACAGGAACCAGGGUAAGCAUCUAGGAAGGACUGGGUCAGUUUAUUCACAUACUGUACCUGUUUUGUAUGUUUUCAGGGCAGCAAAGGUCAAGGAUGCUAGCAAACCUGUUUAAAGAUGAACGUUGUCAGCAGCUACCUGCCUACGGAAUUCUUGAAAAAAUGUAAUCAUUUCUGGAUGUAAUUUUAUAUAACAAACCCAAUAGACAAGCCUCAUUGUGCACAUAUUGUCACUGAUGAGUUCUUUUUCUCUCCAAGGUAUUUAGACAGGAUAAUUCGAGGACCAGAACUUCAUGAGUUUGCUGCCAUGUUAAUGCCUCAUCAAAAGGCAACUACUGCAGAUGGUGGGUAUUCAUACUGAGUACUUAUAAAACUUGGUUUAUUUUAGUGUACUUUUAAGUUGUUUUUUAUCUAAAUUUGUUUUAUUUCUUCUAUUUUUAAGGUUCUAGUAUUCUUGACAGGGCUGUUAUUGAACAUAACUUACUCUCUGCCAGUAAACUCUACAACAACAUCACAUUUGAAGAACUUGGAGCUUUAUUAGAAAUACCACCAACCAAGGUAGACUAUGUAUUCACCUUUAAGUCUAAAGCAUUGUUAGUUUCUGUGAUGAUAGUCAAUUUAAUUCAAUACAAUUCUGAAGUACAGUUUGAAACCUUGGUAAGCACUUUUAUGAUGGUUUGAGAAAUCUUGAGAAUCAUAACCCUACUGGAUGGCACACGGAUGGGGUUUUGCUGAAGUCGAAAGAUCUCUGAUAUAGAAUCUGAACAGUAUUUCAGUGAUAAUUGGGUGCUCCUCUAGAGCUGGUGAAAUCUAACCUAGGUUGGCCACUGUAAAGAGUUUGAAAGCUGACAUUUUGGGUGUUCGCCCUUUGUCAGAGCAAAUGAUGAAUGGCUAAAGCUCAAAACAUUACAUUUGAAACUCUUUAUGGUGGCCAAUUUGUUUUAUCAACCCAGUUGGUAAAUACUAAAUUCCCUUGUAAUAGCAUAUCCUUGUUUCCGUGUCCCGAAGCAAUAGAAUGGAUUCUAGCCCAUUACAUGCUUCUUCAAGCUUUACAUUUUAACCCUUUAACCCUAAGAGUGUUUUGAAUGUAAUUUCUCCAUACAGUAUCAUUCCUGAAUUACACAUUUAGGUCAUGAGAAUAAAGGAAUUGAUCACCAGCUAAAGAAACUUGUGACUCUUAAACAGAUUCUCCUAGUCAGCACCAUAGGAAAUGUAUGUAGAAUAGUAUGGAGAAUAUGCACACUGAUGCUAAGGGUUCAGGGGAAAUUGAAGGAGAAGCUUUUUUUCUAGUUCUAGUGCCCCACCUGCUCUUCUAAAUUUUCUCCUUGCAUACUUUACAUAUCUUGAUGUACACUUUACCUUGAUGAAUAGUCAAGUUAAGCUAGAAUUUUGAACCAGAAGGCAAGGUAGGUAUCUUUCUCAUUCUAGAAAAAAAAUGCCAGCCUCUUUACCUUUUUGGGGUUAUGAUAACAUGGCAAGAUGGGAUAGCAAUAUUUUUUGCUCUUUUUUAGGCAGAGAGGAUUGCAUCACAGAUGAUUUCUGAAGGACGCAUGUCUGGAUCUAUCGAUCAAAUUGACGGAGUUGUGCAUUUUGAAAGUAAGAAUUAGCCUUUAAUUUUUUAUUAUUUUUUCUAUGCUUGGGUCUGAGGUAGUAACCAAAUACAUUUAAUCAUCGCCCUUACCUGGUGGUAUUUAUUAUGAAGAAAGAAAAAUUAGAAAGAGAGAGGGGAGGUGUCUAAGCACGAGGAGGCCAGGCACGUACAAAUGUGGGAACUCCUCGUCUCGUGUUUGACUCGCGUGUUGGGCAGGCUAGACUGGCAUCGUUCUCUGUAGUAGGUUUCAAAAUGGUCGAUUUUGAAAGCUCGAUAUUGUUUGAACAGAUUUGUCUGGGAUUUUGCCUUUGCAUUUGUACGUUCAGUGGUUUAGGCAGAAGAGAGGUGAAAGGUUUUGAAAUUUUUCGUCGGGUUUAAGUAGCGGAUUAUGGGAAAAGGGAUUGAAAUCAGGGUUCAUUUUUUGCCGCUAGCCAUACCUGUUGAAGUCGUUCUUUAAAUAUCGUUUUCGGCUAGACCCUGUUGUGUAGCUCCUCUGGGAAGAAUACUCAGUUCCCCUUGUGUUUUUUUUAUUAUUAUUCUCAGCUCAAGAGGUGCUUCCCUCGUGGGACAGACAAGUUCAGAAUCUGUGCUUUCAGGUCAAUAACGUGAUAGAAAAGAUCAACAGUUUUGCACCAGAGUGGGUAGCUAAGUAUAAUGAAUCACAAAUGAUAUCUUGA